AGAUUUUUGAAGUAUUUAGGCAUAUUGAUUUAAUGUGAGGUAGUGUCCGCCGCGUGAAUGCGGUUGUUGGUACUUCUGGUGAACAUUCCGCUCCGGUCUACGAGCCGGAUGCGGUGUUUUCAUGAAAGAUGAAUUGUCCACCGGCGACUACUUAUAUCCAUACAAGCAUGAGCUUUCCAGUGCGUGUUCUGCUACUUGACAUACUGUUUCUCAUCCAAGCAUGUGCCGGAGGUUCAUCUUCGUUCGUCGAGAUCAAUUUCAGCGUCGAACCGGAGUCGGCUAUGAUCUUGCCCGACUCAUCAGCUUUAUUGCACUGUGCCCUCGAAGGACGUGCUGCAAAACUUGCGACAAUCAAAUGGAAGAAAGACGGUGAUAUUCUAUCAUCGAAUACUGCCACAACAACAUUGUAUCCGAACGGGUCUCUCGCUGUGUCUGCAUCAUCACGAGUAUAUAGAACAGAGCCAGGACUUCUUGUGGAAGGUGUUUAUCAGUGCCUUGCCAUUAUUCCAUCAGUUGGAAACAUUCUCAGCAAGAAAGCCACCGUGGAUGUGCUCAGUCCGUUGCUGCCUAGUGAUGUCGAACAGACGCAUAAAGUAUACUUUGGGGAAAACAUGCUGUUCCCGUGUAUAGACGAAGAUUCAGGUGUUCUGAGAAAUAUGCAGAAGGACAUUGAAUUGAAUUUCACGUGGUAUCAUGACGGCGACGUCGUCAAAUUCGAUCGAUCUAAAACGAAUCUACUCCAAACAGGUUCUUUGGAGCUCGUGAAUCUCGUCGGUGGCGACAGCGGAGUUUACCAUUGUGAAGUCACACACGCAAAAACCAAUACUCAAAUAUGGCGAGGUGCUAGGAACGUUUUGGAAGUUGAUGAAGAUCCAGUGGAAUCAGUGUAUUCACGUUCGCCAGUGUUUGUAUUGAAACCUGCGGUUGUGACGCGUUCGCGUAUUGGGACCGACGUGAUAUUCGAAUGCGGAGCUAAUGGCUGGCCGAAACCAAAUAUAACUUGGCUCAAGGAAGGCGUAACCAUGGAUUUAACGCAUUCGAAACCCGCGGCGGUCGUUUAUUUUCUUAACUUCGUUUGUAUACGAAGUGACGAAGAAGUCGUUUCUUGA